GCCGAUGCCGCUGGAUUCUACGUGUACGACCUGGGCAGCACCCACGGCACCUUCCUCAACAAGGCGCGGGUGCCGCCCCGCACCUACUGCCGGGUGCGGGUGGGCCACGGGCUCCGCUUCGGCGGCGGCCCCCGCCCCCUUUGGAGCGGACCAAAAGAGGACCAGGAGUCUGAGUCAGAACUAACUGUGACUGAACUGAAGGCACUGCGCAAGCAGCAGCAAGCAAAACUAGAAAAGACAAUGUUGGGAGAGGACUCUGAUGAGGAAGAUGAAAAAGAGGAGAGGAGUGAAAGGAGUCAGAACAGUGAUAUGAGCUGCUCGUGGGGAAUGGGUGAGGAUGCUGAGGAAGAUGAGGUUGAAGAAAACCCUAUUGCUGUUGAUUUUCAGGAUGUUCAAGAUGCCUUCUACGUGAAAGAUCCUAGGAAAGCCUUACAGGGUUUUUUUGACAGAGAAGGGGAAGAGUUAGAGUAUGAAUAUGAUGAUCGUGGGCACAACAGCUGGCUGUGCAGGAUCAAGUUGCCUGUGGAUGAUGCGUCAGGGAAGCAGCUCGUCGCAGAGGUUCUCCAUUCAGGAAAGAAGAAGGAAGCAAUGAUCCAGUGUGCACUGGAAGCUUGCAGGCUACUCGAUGCUCGGGGAGUACUGAGGCAAGAAGCAGUAUCCCGAAAAAGGAAAUCAAAGAACUGGGAAGAUGAGGAUUUUUAUGACAGUGAUGACGACACUUUCCUCGAUCGAACUGGUGCUGUGGAAAAGAAACGACUGAACAGAAUGAAAAAAGCUGGUAAAAUAGAAGAAAAACCAGAGACUUAUGACUCCCUGGUCGCAAAGCUAGAGGAAGCUGAAAAUGAGCUUUCCGAAAUAACAGAGAAGCUGAAGGCUUCAGGGAAAGUCCAGUCCCAGCCAGCAGCUCAAGAUUCCUUGGAUGAGUUCAUGACAGAAAUAAAAUCAGGAUGCGCCUUAGACAGUGUGGCACGGAAGAAGCUUCACUUGCGGUCGUUUGAACUGAAGAAAGAGCAGCAGCGACUGAAAGGGUUAAUAAAACUUGUCAAGCCUGCAGAACUGCCUGAGCUGAAGCCCCAGACUGGGAGUUACAAUCUGAAUGCGGAGAACAAGCCUAAAAAGAUUAACCUGCCUCUCUUUGGUGCAAUGAAAGGGGGGAGCAAAUUCAAACUGAAAACUGGAAGCCUGGGGAAAUUGCCUGUUAAGCGUCCAGACAUCCCUGAAAACUUGUUAAAAAUGAAAGAUGAUGGACCAGAGGAGGAGGAGGAGGAGGAGGAAGAGGAGGAAAUGGAAGAGCAGCAAGCAGGAGAUGCAGUAAACAGCAGAGCAUCAAAUCUGGAAAUGAAAAUGACAACAGAGGAAGAAACGGGACAAGAAACUAAGGCUCCUGAUAGUUCUCCUUGCAAUAACAAGAAUCCAGAAUCUCUUCAGGAUGGGGUUGAUUUUCUGCCUGAGCCAAAGGUACUGAGGAAUGAAUCUCAAAUGGGGUCCUCAGAAGAGAAAUCUCAAGGAUCCAAGGCAGUAAAUAAGGAACCUGAAGAGAAAUCUGAGAAAGUUAAGAAAAUCAAUAGCUCAAGCAAGGUUCAACAAUCGUUUCUUUCCUCACAGUACCCAGAUGAUGACCCAGACUACUGCAUAUGGGUUCCUCCUGCAGGUCAAAGUGGCGAUGGCAAGACUCAUCUCAAUGAAAAAUAUGGCUACUAAGCAUCAGGUGCACCAGAGGACAUCUGAGACCUGAAGAACUGCUCUGUUUUGGACUCUUUCACCACACAUUAAGUGAGGGAUAAGAGAGCUGGUUUUACAGGUGGUGUUUCACAUUCAAGGGCAUCAGCAACUGCUCUGGUUUUUAGCUCUCCCUGUGUGUUCUCUGUUUGUCUUCCAGAUACAUUUUUUGAAGUAAAAGCCCACACAUUCUUCUGCCUCUUCCUCCACUUUUAGUCUUGUAUUUUUUUAUUUGGCUUGAAACUGUAGGCUCAUAUUUCCUUUUGUAAAGGUAUACAAAAAAUAUUGAAAGAAUACAUCUCUGUAUACUUACA